AUGGAGCGUCAGCAGCAGAGCAGCCACGAUGCCUAUGACGUCACGGAUGCAGCCGUUGCCGGAUUCUUCAAGCUGGGGGUCGACAAGGAGCGGAAAGAAGCGAAAGAGGUGAAGCCCGCGGAGAUCUCGCCUCCCGGAGAGGGGGGAGAGGAGCAGAAGGCUCAGUCCGAACCGGAGCAGGGGGCAGCCGCGGAAGAGAAAGAGGCGGGAGACGAAGGAGAAGGAAAGGAAGGCUGCGAUGUCAGCGUCGGAGCCGCCGGCCCCGCGGACGGCGAAAGCCGCGAGGCCGAGGCCGAGGCGGGCAGCGGCGAAGGCGGAGAGCAGGGCGGCGAGGAGCAGCCCCCGCGGGCCGCCGUCGAGGGUCCCGAGGCCGCAGACGGGCAGUGGCGGGCCCCCCACGCCAGGCUCACGCAGGUGCAGGUGCAGGACCUGGAGCGCGUCUUCCAGCACACUCAGUACCCCAGCGCGCUCGUGCGUCCUGCACGGGACCCUGUGCAGGAGACACAGCUGGGGGCUGAGGGCUGGAGCGGCCUGGCUGGCGCCCAGCCUCCGUGCCUGGACCCCGUUCCUGGUGACAUCCACUGGGACCAAGCAGCUGUGUCUAGGAGGGCAGGAGAGGUGAAGCCCGCGGAGAUCUCGCCUCCCGGAGAGGGGGGAGAGGAGCAGAAGGCUCAGUCCGAACCGGAGCAGGGGGCAGCCGCGGAAGAGAAAGAGGCGGGAGACGAAGGAGAAGGAAAGGAAGGCUGCGAUGUCAGCGUCGGAGCCGCCGGCCCCGCGGACGGCGAAAGCCGCGAGGCCGAGGCCGAGGCGGGCAGCGGCGAAGGCGGAGAGCAGGGCGGCGAGGAGCAGCCCCCGCGGGCCGCCGUCGAGGGUCCCGAGGCCGCAGACUGGCAGUGGCGGGCCCCCCGCGCCAGGUUCACGCAGGUGCAGGUGCAGGACCUGGAGCGCGUCUUCCAGCACACUCAGUACCCCAGCGCGCUCGUGCGACAGGAGCUUACAAGGUGCAUGGGUGUGACUGAAGACAAAGUGAAGGCUUGGUUCAAGAGUAGAAGGGCCAAGUGGAGGAGAAAUCAGAGGGCACUAAUGCUCAGUCACAUGGCCCCCGUGCCCCCUGUUGUCAUCAGCUUGUGUGAACCCUGCAGUUCCGUCUCGUUUCGCGAGCUGAAAUUGAUGUGCGAUCUUCUGGAGCCACUGCUGAUGGACCUGUCCCUGCUGCCCAGACCGCCCAGGCCACCCGUGCAGCCCGUGCGACCAGUGCCACCCGUGCGACCCACGCUGCCCGAGGAUCCCAUGCCACCCAUGCAGCCCAUGGCGCCCAUGCCAACUGUGCCACCCGUGCCGCCCAUGCAGCUCAUGUGGCCCAUGCACCCCGUGCCACCUGUGCAACCCAUGCUGCCCAUGCCGCCCGAGCCGCCCCUGUGGCCCGGUCCCGUGCAGGACUGUGAGGCGGGGGUGGCGAGGAAGAGCCCUGAGUGGGUGCUGAAGAAGAAGGGCACCCCGGGCGUCAGGGCAAGGAAGUCAGACCUGCCCCUCAAGCCCUGCCCUAGGCAGCGAGCUGCCUCCAGUGGGACAGCUCGGGGACCCGAAGCCUGUGAGCUGUGCCACCCAGCCCGGGCCCUCGCCUCUGACGCCAGAGGAGCCUUAACGUGUCGGAUCGUGGACCACCGCUCUAGCCUUGAGUCGUGA